CCCUUUGGGGUUAGUUUGCUUGUGUUUAGUUCCCAGAGACAGUCAAAUCGGAUUCCUUUGGGAAAGGACACAAAUCACUCCCGUUUGAACAAGGAGAACAGCGAGGGAGCUGUCUCCACAAGGGUCCACCUCUGCUUGAUUUCAUAUUGCUCAUUCAUGUGAUUUGAUCAGAGAAUACUCAUUGUGGAGAAAGACAGGAAGGAGAAAAUAAAGGGGAAAAAAGUCUCUGGAUGAUGACAUUUGAUCUAACCCUCAGCGAAGCUCGUUCUUGAUCCUAUUGUUUCUUAAAGUGACAUUAGACUUUUUGCGCACGCUAGACCAAAGGGACCUCCAGUCUAAUCUUACAGUUUUUGUUUGUUUGUUUGUUUGUUUAUUGUUGCACGGUGUUCCCAAACCUGGAUGUUGACAUCUCGCGUUUCUUUUGGCACGUCGCUCUAUUUUCUGUUUCAGAGAGGAAGCGCUAAAGACAAACGCGGUGACACCUGCUCACCCAUACACUUCUCCUUGUCUUUUUUUUUUUUAACGGAGCGAUCAAAAGAAGCCAGCACCGACUGAGACGGUGACAGGAGUCUGUUUUCAUGUUCGGGAUUCAAGACAGCAUUCAAAGGAGCGGGAGUAGUAUGAAAGAGGAGCCCAUCGGUGCCGGGAUGAACGCUGUCCGGACAUGGAUGCAGGGCGCCGGAGUGUUGGAUGCGAACACAGCCGCUCAGAGUGGAGUGGGUCUUGCUCGAGCUCACUUUGAGAAGCAGCCUCCUUCAAAUCUUCGCAAAUCCAACUUCUUCCACUUCGUUUUAGCGCUAUACGACAGACAAGGACAACCCGUGGAAAUUGAAAGAACUUCUUUUGUUGGAUUUGUUGAAAAAGAAAAGGAAUCUAGCGGAGAAAAGACAAACAAUGGGAUCCAUUACAGAUUGCAGCUUCUUUACAGCAACGGCAUCAGAACAGAACAGGACUUUUACGUACGCCUGAUUGACUCCAUGACCAAACAGGCAAUUAUCUAUGAAGGGCAAGACAAAAACCCAGAGAUGUGCCGGGUGCUGCUAACGCACGAGAUCAUGUGCAGUCGCUGCUGUGACAAAAAAAGUUGUGGCAACCGUAACGAGACGCCCUCUGACCCAGUCAUCAUCGACAGGUUCUUCCUGAAAUUCUUUCUCAAAUGCAACCAGAACUGCCUAAAGAAUGCAGGAAACCCACGAGACAUGCGGCGCUUUCAGGUGGUGGUGUCUACGACGGUCAACGUGGACGGACACGUCCUGGCUGUGUCUGAUAACAUGUUUGUACACAAUAACUCUAAACAUGGACGUAGAGCUCGCAGGCUGGACCCGUCUGAAGGAACUCCGUCAUAUCUGGAGCACGGUGAGAGUACAUACUCUACUCCUUGCAUUAAGGCCAUCAGUCCCAGUGAAGGCUGGACAACAGGGGGUGCCACAGUCAUCAUCAUUGGUGAUAACUUUUUUGACGGCCUACAGGUCAUCUUUGGCACCAUGCUGGUCUGGAGUGAGCUCAUAACCCCUCACGCCAUUCGAGUUCAGACUCCUCCCAGACACAUUCCCGGGGUUGUGGAGGUCACUCUGUCCUACAAGUCAAAGCAGUUUUGCAAAGGUACACCGGGAAGAUUUAUCUACACAGCACUGAAUGAACCCACUAUUGACUACGGUUUCCAGCGGCUACAGAAAGUGAUCCCUAGACACCCUGGCGACCCUGAGCGCUUACCAAAGGAGGUGAUUCUGAAGAGGGCAGCAGACUUGGUGGAAGCCCUGUAUGGGAUGCCACACAAUAAUCAGGAGAUCAUUCUGAAAAGAGCAGCAGAUAUCGCAGAGGCGCUUUACAACGUCCCACGUGGUCACAACCAGCUGCCAGGCCUGGCUAACAGCUCAGUCCACACUGGCAUGAUGGGUGUCAACUCCUUCCACAGCCAGCUCGCUGUCAAUGUGUCCGAUUCCACACAAGCAGCCAAUCAGGGUUUCAGUCGAAACACAAGCAGUGUAUCUCCCCACGGUUACGUACCCAGCACAACACCCCAGCAGAGUAGCUACAGUACCGUCUCUACCAGUAUGAAUGGAUACGGAAACACAGGCAUGACCACGCUGGGAGGAUCGCCCAACUUCCUCAACGGCUCUGCUGCCAACUCUCCUUAUGCCAUUGUUCCUUCCAGUCCCACCAUGGCCUCCUCCACCAGUCUUCCCUCCAACUGCAGCAGUUCCUCAGGCAUCUUCUCUUUCUCUCCGGCCAACAUGGUGUCUGCAGUCAAACAGAAGAGCGCUUUUGCUCCCGUCGUGCGGCCCCAGACCUCGCCGCCCCCCACCUGCACCAGUGCCAACGGAAACGGCCUCCAAGUAGAUCAAUCUUUUGUGGACUCUAGCAAGUACUCCACCGCCAGCUCCCUGCAGGGACUGGCCUUCUCCUGAAUGAUCCCAGGGAUGAUUGUUCCUCCCAUGUAGGGGCACCUGGGCUGCUGAAGAGGCACAUUUGAUUUCAGCUCUCGCCAGAGAAUCGACGGUCUGAGCUGAAGGCAAUUUCUGGUGGAAGAGACACAUGAAAACUGAACUUUUAAAACUCAGGCCUUUUGACAAAGGAAUCUCAUUUUAUGGGAAGAAAGAAUUUGUUUGCUUUUGUUUUUAAGCUAAUUUCUGGACUGCUCUAUUGAAGGACUUUCCCCCCCCCGUGUUUUACCCAUGCGUAAAGGAGGGAUGGAUUUCUUUUUCAUUUUAUUCAUAUUCAUUUUGAUGAAUUCAAUGAUCACAUGCCUUUUUUAAGGACUCUGUCACACAAAGAUGACACUUUAGGAGCAGGUGAAUCCGUAAUGUUCCCAAGAAUAGUGACUGGCAACGGCACAGAUGUGUUAAUACUGACCAGGUUUUAUACAAACAGACACAUUAGUGCAAAAUCCAAAUGAGAACAUUUAGGCCAACUGCUUGAACACAGAAAAGAAGAGUGGAGGGUUGUUGUUGUUGUUUUUUUUGUUGUCCCUGAGAGAAGCCAACAAAUAGUUUGCCAUAAUCUUGUUUGUUUUUCUUACUAAAUGAAAUAGUAGCGCCAUACUCACUUCCCUGUUGUAAUUUUUUGUGAAGAGUCAUAUGAAGCAUCUGGGUACCAGCCGGUUUGGAUGGCUAUGAUGUAGGAAAGUUAUUAAAUGCUGUCAUGCUGUAAUGUUUUAAUGUCCAGAUUGGUUCUCAAAGAGAAGAAAAAGCAACCUAAUUACCACAAUAAAUCAGUAUUUAUGUUCAUGCAAAUAUUUGCUGCUAAAUAGAGCAGAGAUAUGCAGUAAACAGAUGGAUGAAGGAAAACGCCCUCAGUUGCCAUGCCAUUUAAUAAAAAAAAAACUUUGAAUUUUAUGUGUUUAAAAAAUGUGAUGAUUUUUUUCUUUUCUUUUUGUUAUUGCUUUGUCUAUGAAUGAAAUGAAACUGUGAUUAUAUAAAUUUUACCGUGUUUGGUUUGCUGUGUUCACGAGUGAAGGAUAUCGGUUAAAUGAAGAGUGAGAGAAUACUAUUUCAGAGCCGACUGUUAGAACAACCCUUUUUCUUUUUUUGUGUUUCUUUGGCUUGUUUUGGGGGACAUGACUUGAAUUAGCGAAGUAUUUUCAUGUUUAGACAGCACUGUAUGAAGGAUGCUUUCCAAAUGUGUCAAACUCCCAACUUACAGCAGUUUGAUUGGCUAACUUUGGUAGUCGUCUAUUUUUGUACAUAUACUUUCCGUUGCCAAAGUCUUUGUUUUAUUUGUAUUUAUCUCAGAAUGGCUUAAGGCAGCUCAUAAUAACACUCUCAAAGUUACUCAAAAUCUCUCAAACUUCAGCAAAUACAAAUCAAGGAUUCUGGACAAAAAAGAGGGGAGUCUCUGUAAAUGAUGCAUAUAAAUAAUGUAUGUAUAUCCAGAUUUUGUACAUUCUUUUCUCCCAAACGUUACUUUAAUUGUGGAAGGUUUUUAGUAAUUAUUUGUCCAUAUGUUCGCUUUCAACACCGGCCUUGUCUUUAUUGUCAAUGUUUUUGUCUGCAUUUAGGUCCAUGUUUGCUUCCAAUUUUUUAAGUUCCAUUCGUAAAAAAAGCCAUUGUCUAUUUUUGUAUAAUUUGUAAGUUAAAAAGCAAUUGUUUUCCUUUUGGAAUUUUUUUAUGUAUGGCAAAAAAGUAGCAUCUCACAGCAUUUAGUUAAUUUUUUUUUUUUAACAAAUGAUAUAAAUAUAUAUAUAUAAAUAUAUAAAUGAUGAAUAUAUAAAUCUAUAUCUUUUUCUUUAAAGGCUUACAGAUCCUGUACUAUUGUAAUAAUAUGCAUGGGCUCUUCUCUGAGAGUGAUGGUUUUGUUUUGCGUGUCAAACCUUGGAGGACGUUUUUUGAUGAAGUUUUAAUCUAUGUUCUUUUUUCUUCUUUUCUUUUCUUUAUCUGAUUAUUUAUGCCUGCUUAUAAAUCUGUCUAUUCCAUUUUUUCUCUCUCACGCUUAUCAGUACCAGCAGUAUAGAUGCCUUAACAAUGCAAACCCAUAAGCGUACAAUCACUUGUACAGACUUCUCAACCACCAUCACCAAUAACAGUAGAGGUCCUUAAGGGAUUUCUUUCCAGAAAAAAAAAAGCACAAAUCAGUCUGUUUUACUUAAAGCGAGGAGGGUUAAAUGAAUUAUUUGUCCUUUUUCUGUUGUUUGUUUAUGAAGGGUAAUGAAAGGGAACUUGAAGGAAUAUAAAGAGAGAUUAUAUGAUUCAUAUUUUAUGUGUUGCUGGUGGGAUGGGUUGCACUUUCUCAUUAAUUUAAAGCAAAAGUCUGCCUUUUUUCAUUCGUUUUGUGUCUGCUGCGUUCACGAGAGGGAGAGAGGCUCAAAGCCAUCUUCUACACUCUCACCGUUCGCUCGGAGGGGAUGUUCCCUUUAGCUGGAGGUGCAUGUGAACCUGCAUGUUCUGGGUCGUGUAUGUUGUUCGUGGUGCAGCACUCUGUAAGGUACUGUUCACGUAUUUCUCACCCUGAGCAAAGUGACUCGAUAUCAGAGCACAACGCCUUUCCCCCAGAGCUGACGUGCUGCUGACUCCCAGUCUGUAACGUUGUCUGAAUCUACUGUCAGCUCAAUCGGCCCUCGAUGAUCGCUCUUCAGGGCUCUUUUGUGAAUGGUUUAAGUAACGUGUGUCUGCACUCUGGCAUCUAACAGAAAAUGACUUUCAAUAUGCUGAUUUGGGGUUUGUGUUGAGGACUUUUUAUCAGAAAUGACUGAAGAUUGAGCUUUCAUGAUGGUUUUUUUUUUUUUCCAUAUGUGGUUGUUACACAUUGGUUACUUUGUCAGCAGCUCCAUCGCAAUUAUUAAGAGGACACAAGACUCGAACCAGAAAGAUGGUCUCCUUUUUUUCUGCCUCCUAUUCUUUUUUUUUUUCUUUUUCUUUUUUUUUUUGACUGGAUACACACUGAACCGUUCUGUUGAUAGGAAAACUCAAGACAAAAACUACUGUAUAGAUUGUUAUCAUUUUUGAUGAAAGCUGUAAAAUAACUUUUCAAAGUUCACAAUAUUAAAUUAAAGUUACUUCUUGUCUGUGA